UUAUGAUCAGAUGUUAUUAAAAGGAACCCGGCCUACAGGUUAAUGUAUGAUCAGAUCUUCAUCCUUGCACGGAAAUUAAAAAAGAAAAAUGAAUUUAGUGCCAAACUGAGAAGUGGGCGAAUGAGACAGAUCUUUCAGGGAAUUUUCAACGAAUUUUUGCUGCUCAGUACUCAAAGUUCUCUUUGACAACCGCUUGAAAAUUAAAAGUUAAUCCCGUUCCGGUUCUUAAAUACUGGUCCUCUUUUGUUGAACUCGUUUUAAUGGCCAAUGAUGGUGUGGAAGAGCCCUUGCUGUCAGGAUUAGUGAAUCCUGCAGCUCAGACUAGUAAGAAAGAUGCUUUGAAAAGAAGAAGAUAUCGCCAUUGUAAAAGUGCUCCUCUUGCAAAAUUUGUUCCUGCAGAGACAAAUGGGAUUCGCCCGAUUCCACGUUUCGAAUCCACUUUUGGGAAACUACACCCAAGUUUUAAGAAAGUAGCCAUACUCUUGGCUUUGUACUUAGGUGUAGGUGCUGUAAGCUUCUACCUUGUCAGGAACCAGAUAGAGGGAAAGAAAACAAAUGGAAUUCUUGAUGCUGUGUAUUUCUGUAUUGUGACAAUGACCACUCUAGGAUAUGGAGACCUAGUGCCUGAUAGUGCCCUUACAAAACUACUUGCUUGUGCCUUUGUUUUCACGGGAAUGGCUCUGGUUGGACUAAUCCUGAGCAAAGCAGCAGAUUAUUUGGUAGAGAAGCAGGAAAUAUUACUUGUUAAAGCGUUGCAUAUGCGUCAAAAACCUGGCUGUACUGACAUUCUGAAAGAGGUCGAGACCAACGGAUUGAGAUACAAAUGUAUAUUGGCCUUUAUCCUUCUUUUGGUGCUCAUAAUAGCUGGGACAAUCUUCCUAACUACUGUUGAGAAAUUAGACAUUGUUGAUGCAUUUUAUUGUGUUUGUGCUAGUAUCACAACCCUAGGAUAUGGAGAUAAGAGCUUCUCAACUACAGCAGGGCGUGCUUUUGCGGUGAUUUGGAUAUUGACAAGUACUAUUGUCUUAGCUCAGUUUUUUCUCUACAUUGCUGAGCUAAACACUGAAAAAAGACAAAGGGCACUGGUUGAGCGAGUUCUUACUCGGAGGAUGACGAAUGUAGAUCUUGAAGCAGCUGAUCUUGAUGAUGAUGGGGUUGUUGGCGCUGCUGAGUUCAUCAUAUAUAAGCUGAAAGAGAUGGGGAAGAUUAGUCAAGAAGAUAUUUCACUUGUAAUGGAAGAGUUUGAAGAUUUGGAUGUUGAUCAGUCGGGAGCUUUGUCACCGUCUGAUAUAAUGCUUGCUCAAUCAUCUCAAGCAGAGAGGUGACCUUACCAUCACAAAAUGGAUCUUGAAGAAGAGCAAAGGACGUGCACUUUAUGGAUAAUCAUCUGAAGAUGGAAAAGGUAUUGUCAUAUCACUUUUUUGUUGAGCAACGCUUCUAUUGGGUGGAUUGGAUCUCCAGUAAUUACUAACAUUUUGGACAGUAAUUGAGAGAUAGUUUAUAUAGGACUCACCUGCUUGAAUAGGUGACUAGGCAACCAAAAACUUAUUUGGGUAGGUAGGUUCAAUAUGAGAUUUCUCACAAUUGCUCCUGCAAAUUGCUGGAACUUGAAAAAAGAGGCUUCCAAGUCUAAUUCCGUGCCUUUAUAUGUUCUAUUGGAUCUCUUCUUGGGAAGGA